AUGCGCUGGCAGAAAAUUUCUGUCCCUUUCACAGCUGUCAAACUCGAGACGCUCUUCAUUGCUUGCUAUUCUUCCUCACACCCCGCCGUCGCCAGUACCUCCCACCCAGCCGUCGCUCUCCCUCCCAUCCCUCGUAUCCUCUCCCUCACUCCCCGCCGUCACCUCUCCCUCCCACUCCGCCAUCGCUACUUCCUCCCACCUCACAAUCACUCCGUCCCACCCCGCCAUCUCCUCUCCCUUUCCUCCCCGCCGUCGCCUCUCCCUUACCUCCCCGCCGUCGCCUCUCCCUCCUCCCCGCCGUCGCCUCUCCCUCCUCCCCGCCGUCGCCCCUCCCUUACCUCCCCGCCGUCGCCUCUCCCUUACCUCCACGCCGUCGCCUCUCCCUCCUCCCCGCCGCCGCGUCUCCCUCCUCCCCGCCGCUGCCUCUCCCUCCUCCCCGCCGUCGCCUCUCCCUCCUCCCCGCCGUCGCCUCUCCCUCCUCCCCGCCGCCGCGUCUCCCUCCUCCCCGCCGCUGCCUCUCACUCCUCCCCGCCGUCGCCUUUCCCUCCUCCCCGCCGUCGCCCUCCUUCCUCCCCGCCGUCGCCCUCCCUCCUCCCCGCCGUCGCUCUCCCUCCUCCACGCUGCCCGGAGUGCAAGCGCGGGUUGGUGCGCAAUCGCGGGUUGGUGUGCUAUCGCGGGUUGGUGCGCGAGCGGGGAUUGUUUUCUGAGGCACCGUGUUAUCAGGUGCGUUCCCGGUCCUUUCAUCCUCCCUCCCCCCUCUGA